GUAACCAAGAGAAACCAUAGCCAAAGCAAAGAUGCAUGGCACUCCUCAUGUCUACCUGGCUGCAGAAGAUGGAAGCCAGUGAGACAGCCAAGCAGUGCAAUCAGUGAUCACCAUUCAUCUGCUCCCAACAACUCUGAGAUUCUCCCCUCCUAAUCCCUGCUCCCUCAAAGCGAUAUUCACCUUUGUAACCACUUCGUCCUCACUCAAACCUCCCACUGCAACCACUUCAUCACCACCUCCACAUAGAUGGAGCAGGCAAGCUUCAUCCUAGCCUUGAUCUUCCUCGUUGAAUUCCUAUCAGUUGUUUCUGCAUCAACGUUGCAGCAGCAAUGCGACGACAGUGGCGGUCCUGCUGGCGUGAGAGCUGGCUACUGGUCACCAUCCUCGAGCCGGUACUACCCGGUCAGUAGCAUCGACGCCUCCUUGUACACUCAUCUCUACUACAGCUCCCUAUCCAUCGAUGAGACGAGCUCCGCCGUCACGCCACCACCGGCCGAUGAGAGCUCCCUGCUUGCUGCGUUCUCCAGCACUGUCAAGUCGGGGAGCCCGUCUGUCAAGACCAUACUGUGCAUAGGCACAGAUAGGUACAAGGUGGACGUGUCAAAUGCCGCCUUCUCAAGAAUGGCUUCGGACAAGAACCUCCGGAGAGUCUUCAUCAACUCCUCGGUGGAAGUGGCUCGAGCCAAUGGCUUCGACGGCCUGGACUUGUCGUGGAUUUUCCCGGCCACACAGAUGGACAUGGAAAACCUUGGAGUCCUGCUUGCGGAAUGGCGGGCGAGAAUCGUGGAGGAAUCCACCACGAACUCCUUGUCGGAGCCUCUACUCCUGACAGCGACACUUUACUUCUCAAGCCACCUGUUUGGCAUGCCUGACAGCAACCUCGACUACCCCAUAGAUGACAUCUCAAGCAACCUCGACUGGGCAAAUCUUCUCACCUUCGGCUUCCACGGGAACAGCAACAUCACCACAGCUGAUGCACCCCUCUAUGACAAGUCCUCGCACUUCUCGGUGAGCUACGGGGUCAUCUCAUGGUUGGAUGCAGGAGCCCCUCCAUGCAAGCUGGUCAUGGGGAUACCUCUGUUUGGAAGAUCUUGGUUCCUCAGAAACAAGGCCAAGAAUGGGCUAGGAUCACCAACUGCAGCUGCCGGAACAAAGCAGAGGAAGAGCAACCAGACCGGGAUAAUUGCAUAUGCAGAGAUAGAAGAGUACCUGAAUUCUGACAGCACUAUUGUUACCUAUGACAACCAGUCAGUGGUAGAGUAUUUCUACAACGGUGACCUCUGGGUCAGCUUCGACAGUGCACAGGCGGUGCAGAAGAAGCUAGAGUUUGCGGCAAGGUCUCGGUUGCUUGGUUUCUUCCUCUGGACCAUCAGCUUUGAUGAUUCAAACAGCACAAUAUCCAAGCAAGCAUCCGAAUCAUGGCACCAAUAUGCACAAGGUGGUUUUGGAAUCAUGCGUUCAGGAGGUCCAAACCAGCAUGUUGCAUUUAAUUCAUCUUCAGUAUCACUUGGUAGCUGGUAUUCAAAAACUCUCAGCUAUUUGUUCUCUUCAGUACUUCUAUUGAUGAUUCUAUUUCGUUAAGAAUAUAAGUAAACAGGCCAGAAUUGUAAAAAUAGUUUCAGAUUAUGUUCAUCAAA